AUGGCAAAUCAGAAAAGCUAAAAUUUACUAAAAAAGUAAAAUUGCUAAGAUGAUAAUAAGUAAGAAUAAUCGCUUAAGGAAAAUAAUCUUAGCAGAGAAAAUUUAACACAAAUGUAAAAUUCUACUAAUAAUAAUACAUAAGCACUUAAUGACGAAAUAAGUUAAUUAGAAAAAGAUAUUCUCAAUUCUAACACUAACAAAAUAAAUAACUCAAUUACUUCUAGAAAAAAUGAACCAUUUUUUAUUGAUGGAAAAUACUUUUUAUAGCAAGAUAUACCAACCUCACCAUAAUUAGUCGCCUAAAAUCUAUUUUUACAGAAAACAUUACAAUAAUUUUAGAAAUGUAAUAAUGGCUUUAAAGUUUAACCUCUUCAAUUAACAAAUGUUGAUGCAAAAUAAGUAAUCCCUAAACAACCUAAGAAAAUUUAGCUAGAUAAUAGAAAUAAGAGUAUAGCUUAUCUCCAAAAUAUUUUCCAUAAAAAUUAUUUGAAAUAACAGAGUUUGAUUGAAUAAUCAAAUUAGGAAAGUCUUAACACAUCAACUAAGAGAUAAAAAAUUCUUAAUAAUAAUAUUGGUAAUUACUCGAAUAUAGUAAACAGUAAAAAUGAAGCAAUAUUAAGUUCCAAUCAUAGUAAUAAUUUUAAAGAAAACUAUACUUUAUAACCAGAAUGUACUGAGAGCUAACACUAAAACAACUAUUCAGAAUUACUGCUUUAAUUCUUAAAAGAAGAAAAUGAACAUGUUAAUUAGGCUAUUAGAUAUAAUUCAAUGUAAUAAGACUCUUCUAAUAAUAACAAUAAAAUACAAUUUUUAAAUAAAAAAAAUAUGAAUGAGGAAUACUUCUCAUGCAAUUAUCCUCCUGAAAUUUAGCAUUUAAAAUGCUAAGAAAGUGCAGUCUUAUCUGAAAGAUAAACAAAUCAAAGAAAUUAUAAUAAGGAAAGUAGCAUUUUAAUAAAGAAUCUUAAAAAUUAGAUAAAACAUUCUUCAUAUUUUUUAUAAGAAAUGAUUUAAUAAAAAUAUGAUAAUCAAAUUACUUAAUAAAACUAACAAAAAUAUGACAGCACAAAGUUUGAAAAUGAGUUAAGAUAAAAACACAAGCUGUAAACUAUUUAAGAUAUUCAUCAGAAAAAAAGUAUAUCAUUCUUAUUGCAACAAACGCUUCUCAAGCAAAGUUAAGCUAAUCAAAAAAAGUAAAAAAAUAUCAAUUUGGAAGAAUAUAAUAACUUGCUGGAUAAAAUUUAGUAAAUUCAAAAAUAUAAGUAAGUUAGUACCACCAAAAGCUCUAAAACACUUACAGAGUUUCCUUUUAAAAUUUAACAAUCCUUAGAUUGUUUAGAAUUAAACAGGUUAUCAAGCUGGGAAGAAGAUCAAAAAUUAGAUAAUUUUUCUUUAAAAAGAGUUUUGACAUUUAAGAAAGAUAUUUGCUAAAAAUAGCUUAGCUUUACAGAGAAUUUAUUAAAUUAAAAGAUUCAUAAGCAGCAAAAGGUUAGUGCCAUAAAUGAGCAUCAAGUAUAGCUAAGGCCUUUAAAUAGAAAAUUAAAUAUUAAUAACAGUGUAUCACAAUCAUAAAAGUAAUAUGCAGAUUCUCUAUUUAUUGAUUAGGCUAAUGCGUUUGAAGUAGUAAUAGACAAUAAUAAAUAAUCAGUUAGGAAUCUAAAUUAAAACAUAAAAUUAUCAUCAAUAUAAAACAGAACUAAGCCGUAAAAAAAAUAAUCAUAUAAUUAAAAUUAUUAUGAACACAUAUAGUUAGAAACGCAAGAUAAAAAUCAUAAACUUUGUAAAAAAUAAUCAAGUUCUAAUAAUUUAUACAGUUCCAAAUAAACAAACAAUUAUUUCAGCUCAUAAGAAAAUAAAAAUUAUAAUAAUUCUAAAAUAUUUUAUGAAGAAUCAUAUGAUAUUGAAAAUUAUAUUCAUGACCAAAGGCAUAUAAAGUGA